GCGAGAGUGGGCGUUAAAAAUACCCAUCCCAAGUGUUUAAAAAAUAACGAGGUGAUGGAUUUAUCCUUGACAGCUGGUGGGAACCUUGAAUUUUUCUCUACUCCCUCCCUCCUUCAUUUCAUUUAAUGUGAAAUUAUGAAAAUGCAGAGGAGUUGGAGGGAAGGCAAAAGGAUAUAACGUGGAGUUUGAAACAAGGAGAGGGUGCUGAUGCUGUGGAUUGCUGGCUUCUUGCCGAAAUCAAAAAUCCAAUUGCGCACUGGGUUGUGAUUGGAAAUCUAAUCAGAUCUUUGGAGGGGGGGAGAGGGACUAAAAGUUUAUUGUUUUGACAGACAGGAAUAAAAAUUUAAAUGCAAGAGGAGAUUAUUUUCUAAAGGAGUGUGGGGGCAUAGAGGGAAAGAAGAAUGGGAAUCCCCAUUCUAAUGUGGAGACACAUGGAUUGGAUAAUUGAUAGUGCAGCAAAGAAGGAGCAAAAAGAAAAUUGUCUGGCAAGACCUGGAUCCUAAGUGUCACAACAAAAUUACAUUAAAAGAAUGCAGAUGGAGGAUUGCUUAAAAGGAAAUACAGUUAUUUCUGCUCUCCAGAGAAAAAACAAAUAGCAAUGGGGAGCAGUGGAGCCAGAGAGGCAGAAAACCUCAGAAAAAGGAAACUAAGCAAAUGAUCCACAGUGGAAUGAAAAGUUUCAGAAAGGAAAAGGACCAUUCAUCCUCCUCAAGGAUUUUUGUAUUUUUCCUUUUAUUUUAAACCACUAUUCUUCAGUGGAGGCAACCACCAACAUUACUACUACAGAAAUUUUAAGCAGAAAAGUUGAAAGCCACCGAGAAAAUAAGGACAGAGAAGAAGAAAGCAAAUUGCCAGAGGAGGAGAGUUCAGCAGUGUUGGGUUGGAUUGGCACCUGUAUGGACUGAAAUUGCUGGGAAUUGCAAUUGGAUAUCCUUUUUUCUUUUUUUUUUUUUUUAAUUUCCUUGCUUGUUUUCAAUUUUGGUUUGGUUGCUGAAAUGAAAUAGUUUUCUAACCCCUCCCCCACCCUGGUUUUUCAUAAUCACUCGGAUUUCCAGCUGGAUAGUCUUUGAGGAUACAGGUGGAUGCUGUGGGGGGGUCCAGGCAGCUCUGUGGAACAUUCUCCAAUGGGCUAGUAGGAUGAGAAGGUCCAGGGGUAGUUUGGGAAACGAGGAGAAACAUCACAUCCCGAGACGGUAAACCUACUGAAAAGGCAAGAUCAUGCCCUGUCAUCUGCAUGAGAUUCAGUUUUGGAGACUUACUUUUAGACGAUUCAAACUCCAGAAGGACCAACACCAAAUAAAUUAUGAAUGUUGAACAAGAUGACCUUACAUCCACAGCAGAUAAUGAUAGGUCCUAGGUUUAACAGGGCCCUAUUUGACCCCCUGCUUGUGGUGCUGUUGGCUCUUCAGCUUCUUGUGGUGGCUGGUCUAGUGAGGGCUCAAACUUGCCCUUCUGUCUGCUCUUGCAGCAACCAGUUCAGUAAAGUGAUUUGCGUACGGAAAAAUCUUAGAGACGUGCCAGACGGCAUCUCCACCAACACCCGGCUACUCAAUCUCCAUGAGAACCAGAUUCAAAUCAUUAAAGUGAAUAGCUUCAAGCAUCUGAGGCAUCUAGAAAUCCUGCAGCUCAGCAGGAAUCACAUCAGAACAAUUGAAAUAGGGGCUUUCAAUGGUCUGGCCAAUCUCAACACUUUGGAACUCUUUGACAAUCGUCUGACCACUAUCCCAAAUGGGGCUUUUGUAUACCUAUCAAAACUGAAGGAACUGUGGUUGAGAAACAACCCCAUUGAGAGCAUCCCUUCUUAUGCUUUUAACAGAAUCCCUUCUCUCCGGAGGUUGGAUUUAGGGGAAUUGAAAAGGCUUUCAUACAUCUCAGAAGGUGCCUUUGAAGGUCUGUCCAACUUGAGGUAUUUGAACCUUGCCAUGUGCAAUCUUCGAGAGAUUCCUAACCUUACUCCACUUGUAAAACUGGAUGAGUUAGAUCUUUCUGGGAAUCACCUGACUGCAAUCCGGCCAGGCUCUUUCCAAGGGUUAAUGCAUCUUCAGAAAUUGUGGAUGAUACAGUCUCAGAUUCAAGUGAUAGAAAGGAAUGCUUUUGAUAACCUUCAGUCGCUUGUAGAGAUCAACCUGGCACACAACAAUCUAACACUACUGCCUCAUGACCUGUUCACGCCGCUCCGCCUAGAAAGGAUCCACUUGCAUCACAAUCCUUGGAACUGCAACUGUGAUAUCCUUUGGCUCAGCUGGUGGAUUAAAGACAAGGCACCCUCCAACACUGCAUGCUGUGCCCGUUGCCACACGCCCCCCAGUUUAAAAGGAAGGUACAUUGGUGAGCUGGACCUGAAUUACUUCACAUGUUAUGCUCCGGUCAUAGUGGAGCCACCAGCAGACCUCAACGUCACAGAAGGCAUGGCUGCAGAGAUGAAAUGCCGGGCAUCGACCUCCCUGACCUCUGUAUCCUGGAUUACUCCAAAUGGAUCAGUGAUGACGCAUGGGGCGUACAGAGUUCGGAUUGCUGUGCUCAGUGAUGGCACAUUAAAUUUUACCAAGGUAACCGUGCAAGACACGGGUUUGUACACAUGCAUGGUGAGUAACUCUGUUGGGAAUACCACGGCUUCUGCCACGCUGAACGUGACCGCCCUGGAUAACCCCGGUUACACGUACUUUUCAACCGUCACGGUAGAGACUGUGGAACCUUCUCAGGAUGAGGCACAGACCACAGAGCAGGUUGGGCCCACACCAGUUACCAACUGGGAAACCAUUAACAUGACAACCUCACUCACUCCACAGAGCACAAGAUCAACAGAAAAAACGUUCACCAUUCCUGUGACGGACACAAACAACGGGAUCCCAGGAAUAGAUGAGGUUAUGAAGACUACCAAAAUCAUAAUUGGUUGUUUUGUGGCUAUCACUCUCAUGGCUGCUGUGAUGCUGGUAAUUUUCUACAAAAUGAGGAAACAGCAUCACCGGCAGAACCAUCAUGCUCCAACACGGACUGUAGAGAUCAUUAAUGUGGAUGAUGAGCUUACAGGUGACACACCCAUAGAGAGUCAUUUGCCCAUGCCAGCAAUAGAGCAUGAGCACUUAAAUCACUAUAACUCUUAUAAAUCUCCUUUCAACCACACAACAACAGUUAACACAAUAAAUUCAAUACACAGUUCAGUGCAUGAACCGUUAUUGAUUCGAAUGAACUCGAAAGACAAUGUUCAAGAGACUCAAAUCUAAAACAUUUAUGACAUUACGGGGUGGGGUGGGGGGACAACAAAAGAUGGUUUAUAAAAAAAAUGACACAAAUGACUGGGCUAAAUCUACUGUUUCAAAAGUGUCUUUACAAAGAAAAAGAAAUUUAUUUAUUAAAAAUUCUAUUGUGAUCUAAAGCAGACAAAAUUAUGUGUAUUCCUCAGAACCUGUUUUUGCUGCAGUUAUUUACCCUCCUCGUUCCCGUUUUCCUGCCCAACCUACCCUGACUCCCAUUUGCCAUAUUUUUCAUAGGAGAUCUUGAUUCCCUAAAAGAACUGAUCUAGGAAAUUUUGUAAGAAUUCUGUUACACUUUGGGAAUUUUUAUGGUGAAUUCUAGUGGUGAGAUUCGGUCUAUUUUGUCACUUUCUCUUUUUUCUUUUGUUUUCUCAUGCCCUUUCUGAAAUUAUUCAACAGAGAAUGGAGUAAUAACAGUAACUUUGCAAGUGAGAAAAACAAGUAAACCUUUUUUUUCUCCAUGUAAUGAUUUGCUCUGUAUUUACCGAAAGCACCAUUCUGUGAAAAAAAUGAAAAAAAAGUAAAAAAAUCAAACCAAAAAUUAAUUUACUUGUGAAAGCCUAUAAAACCCAUGAUCUUUUAAGCAAUUCUAGAACCAGAAUUUGUAGUUCAAACACUAAACUAAGAUUAUAAAUAAAAUAUUGUUUUUUUCUGUACUUGGAUAUAGCUCAUUCUUAAUGUGGCUUUAAACAACAAAAGUUUCUUAA